AUGGAUUUUAGGACAGCACAAAGAAAUUUAGAGUUAGUCAAUCAGAAUGCAGAGAAGGAUGACCUUGAUGAUUUGGAAGCAAAUGUCAAUACGAGUAUUGAAAUGGAUGAAGAAAUUAUUGGUACACAAGUACCUUUAGCUAUGUUUUCUGAUGAUGAUAUUGAUCCCAUGGAUUCAGCUAAUUCUAGCCAACAUAGUCAAGUUUUCUCACAAAAACUUGCAUCAAAUAAUGAAAUUAGAUUCGAUGAGGUCCAAUUACAAACGACUGAUUUGGCUUUAGACAAUAAAAAUACGGCUAUGACUACAAAAAUUAUCGAUCAAGUAAAAGAUAAUUUGAACCUAGAACUUUCCAAAGGGAAUGAUUCGGAUCAGAACAGCAUCAUAAUUAUACCUGAUGGGCUUCACAAAGCAGGUUCUGAUCCCACAGAUGACAAUAUGGAUAAUCUUAUGAAUAACAACAUGAAUAACAAUAUGGAUAACAACAUGGAUAAAAAUAUAGAUAGCAAUAUGGAUAACAAUAUGGAUAGCAAUAUGGAUGAUAAUAUGAAUGAUGAUACGGGUGAUAAUAUAGGUGACAAUAGAGAUGAAAUAUUCAUGAACACACAAAUACAAGGUAGAUUAGACGACUUUGAGAAAGAAAAAUUAUUGAAAUCAUCAUUAAAAUCAACUCUUAAUCACUUUAAAUAUCCCAGAUUCGAUAGCCCAUCAAUUGGUAAUUCAAAAGAAAAUAUUGGUGAAUUGAAGAAGUCACCAGCGAAAAGUAGACAAAGUAAACUGAAACUUCAGAAGUCAAAUAAUGAUAAGAAAGUAAGUAGAGCAGAAAGGGUACUUAAACUUCUUUCAGGAAAGCAUUCUAAAGUGAGAGAUAUAAUAUCGAUUCAAAGGAAUAUUGAAGCAAAGAAAACAAAGGCUUCAAAAACUAGUCAAAAUUCUAUGAAAUUUGACAUUUACAAUGAACAAGAAUGGAAACAAAUAACACAACUGAUAUUUGAAGCGUUUCCCAAAGUUAAAGAGUUCGAAAUGAAGGAAGUUUAUCAUUAUAUAUACGGUGAAGAACAAGAGGUCGCAAGCGGGAAUAUGUGGGAAGCAUCUCAAACCCCACUUUUAAGUUUACACGAAGAAAGAAAAGGGGAUGAAUAUAACUAUGAUAAGUAUAUCCAUCGUCUUCCAAUAUAUUCCCAACCAAGCAAUGUAGAUGUUGUAUCACUAUCACAAGUUAUGAAUGAUAAAAGCUUUUCCGAAUUUAAAUUUCAAUCACAAAGUGAUGAAUACGUCGAGGUUCAGGAUAGUACAGAUGAUGAAGUUUUUGAAAUUAUUCCAAUGAGAUCACCAUCAAAAAGUGUAAUAAAUGAAGUUGAAACCGAAAAUGAAAUGUUAAAAUUUCCACCAAUUUUAAGACCACCUUCUCAAAAAGGAGACCAACCAAUCUUAGAUGCAACUACUUUGAUUCCGAAUACGAAUUUUUUUAAUGGUGUUAUAGACCUAACUCAAGAAUCUUUUAAAGCAGUGAACUCUUUGAUUUCUCCUGUUAAAACUGAUUAUAUAGAAGCUACUGAGAUAACUCAAGUCCAAGUGCCUGCAUCUAGAAACAUAACACUGCAGAGAGAAAACCAGAGCAAUCUUGAUUUGAAUGAAACCCAUUAUAAUACUGUAAAUCUAACACAAGAUAACUCAAUAACCUAUCAAUUUUAUGGAGAUAGAAAAAAAGUACUUGACAAUAAUUUUAAUAUUGAGCUUAUAGAAAAGUAUCAAAUCGAGGUCGGAGAUUCAGAAGAUGAGAAUAAUGAUGAUUUAAUAGAGCCAUCGAUCAUUGAAAUAAAAGUUAGACCAAAUACACCGACUAGCUCACCAAAUAAAUCAGUGAAAGAAAUCAUUACCUCUCAAUCUAUGAAAAAACUUAGAGAAAAUAUGAAAACUAUCGGUUUAAAACCAUUAAAAAGCAAAGAGAAAAUGAUAGAAGCUUUAACAGUUGCAUCACAAGUAUUUGAUGCAGAUGAUAUAGGUCUGCACACCCAAAGAGAAGAAGUAUACAGGCAUUUAACGUUGUUAGUCAAACAAAUUCCAAGUUUACUCGAAAAGAUAUAUACUUUCGAACCCGUUUUUAUUGAAGAUCUAGUAUCACAAUUGGCUGAUUCUAGUCCAUUCGUUGAGCAUAUCGACGAAGUUACUAUAAGGGAGUGGGCAGACAAACAAGGCAUCUGUCUUCGUAAAAACUGA